AUGACUAAUCUCACAGUAGCGAUACUAUCCAUUAGUGUAUUAUCUUUUGUAACGGGGUUCUACACGAGCCAGCUUUUCAAAAAAUCCACUAUUGAACUCAACAAGCGAAAGAGAGGCCCAAAAGUCAUCACCCAGCGAGAUACAUCACAUGAUGAAACAGAAAUAGAGACCGAUGAAGAGACAGGUGAAGAAGAGGAAGAGGAAGAGGAAGAGGAUAUAAGCUCACUAGCAUUGAAUGAAAUUCCGGGUGAAGUCAGGAUGACUCUAGUCGUUCGACUGGACCUCAAAAUGGGGAAAGGUAAAGCUGCUGCGCAAUGUUCUCAUGCCACCCUAGCUUUGUACAAAAAGAUCACCAACCCCAAUUCUGAAGCAUACAACCCUGAAAUGGUGAGGAGAUGGGAAUAUGGUAACGGACAAGCGAAAAUAACUCUUCAGGUACCAAACCAAGACGAGAUGGAUGUCUUAUACGCACAGGCAUUCAGUUUAGGGGUUAAUGCAUGCAUAAUACAUGAUGCUGGAAGAACACAAAUAGCUGCUGGAAGUGCCACUGUGUUGGGACUUGGUCCAGCACCAAAGAAAGUUCUCGAUCAAAUAACGGGAGAAUUGAAACUAUAUUAA